GAGAGAGAGAGAGAGAGAGAGAGAGAGAGAGAGAGAGAGAGAGAGAGAGAGAGAGAGAGAGAGAGAGAGAGAGUUGGAACGAGGAGAAAGGGAGGAAAGGUCAAUUAUGGCAUCAUCGUUGACGGUUCGGGAGUUACGCGAAGCGCUGUCAAAGCGCAGUCUCGAUACAACCGGCGUGAAGGCAGUGCUGGUUUCCCGUCUAGAUGCAGCGAUGGAUAUAGAGAAGGCCCAGAUGAUGCUUCUCCAACAGCAGCAGCAGUCUACGCAAUCGCAGCAGCAGCAGACACAGAUCCAGUCGACCCCUCCCGGCUACAGAGGGCGGAAGAGAGGGGCUCAUGAUGACGAGGAUGAGAACUCCUCAGGGGGCAAGACGGACACGACAAAGCGCGCCAGAGUGGCAGGGCAGACGGACCCCGCCACCACCAAGAUGACCGUUGCAGAGCUCAAGGCCGCCCUCAAGACGAGGGGAUUGGACAUGACAGGAACCAAGAGGAUCUUGAUCUCCCGACUUGCCGAAGCAAAAGCCCAAGAGAGCAGAGAUGCUGCAGAUAACGCGGCCGAUUACUCCAACAUGGCAAGGAACACGCAGUUUGCAGCAGCUGCCGCUGCCGCAGCAGCUGCUGCUGCCGGCGGAGGCAUGUCUGGAUCUCCAGAUCACGGGAAUCUGAUGGACCCGCAUGAUCCUCAAGCGGAGGAAGAGAAUGCGAUGGCAAUGCUGCAGAAAAACAGAGCUGUUGUGGACAAGUACCUUCCGUAUGGGAUAAGGUCUACAUGCCAUGUACUUGAGGAGCUCAUUGUAGGUGUCUUUGAAUGGGUCAGAAAACUGUGCCUUUUCAACGGCUCCUUUUCAUCUUAUCGUUGUCGUCGUGACGGUGUGCGAACCGAUGGCUAGAAGAUAGAUAGUACUUUCGCUAGCUUGUAUGCAUUCGUAGACCUUCUCUGGUGAGGCAAGGUGUUGCUGUUUGCCUCAGAUUUUUGUAUUUGAAAUUUGAGCUGUUGUUUAACUUCAAGGACGAUUGUAGGGGCUCGUUUGCUGCACGAACUCGAUAGGAUGCUAGGUCUUUCCAAAACACAGUGGAUUGGAGAGGGAAGGCAGCAGGCCUUAGUCUUUUGCGUAUUGUUUUUGAGAAAGAGGAAUGAAGGGAAUGCAAUGCAUGAAUGAAGGGAAGCAUGCAUGACCCGUCCUGGGACCCCUGGUGCUCACGGAAGUCCCAGUUGUGAUCGAACUGGGUGAAAAGGAAGUACCCGAUUGCGGUUGGAUUGCGUGAAACAUGAUGUGCAGGGCUGUGGAUUGCGUCAAACAGGAUGUGCAGUCUGUCAGCCCUGUGAAGGGACUAAGAGGUAGAGCAGAGCACGCAAUGUUUGCAAGAAAAGAACCGGAAAAAAAGGCGCAGUGGGUAAGUUCACCCAAAGGGCAGCAGCAGUCGAUUGCUGCUGACAGAAACAGGAUGGAGCAGCAAGGAAACAGUUGGGAGGUAGAAGUCCGCUGCCUCAGCUCAACAACAGAGGCUGUGAAUCUGGCGGUGUGAAGUCGAGCAAAUAGAGGAGGGUAGGGAUUUGAUGGGUUGAUACGAAGCAAUGCAGUGACACGCCAGUAUUGCAAGAUGGAGAGGCCAAAUGGGUGAUUCGUGUAGGCUCUGCCUCUUUGGACACAAGGGUGAUGACGUUCUGGGUUGAGAUUUUGGUGGGGUAGGGGCGGCAUCGUAUGGGGGAGCCAGACCUCUCAAGCUGCCACCAGCGUUUUCAGACCCACACACCCGAGCCUGCAGUUUGGUGGUAGGCUGAGGAGUGGCGGUGUCCGAACCUGUAACAGGCGUAGUUUCCCCUCCCUCGCAGAAAAAAAGGGCAAGAUAAAAAAACCUGGGAGGUGGGAUUGCAACCUCCCGUACAGCAAGCGUUAAAUAAUGUCAUUCUUGCGAAGCAUGAGUGAUGGUCUUAAGGGUUGAUGACUAUAUAUGUCGCUUGUUGCGUACAUGAUGCAUGAUGGUCUUAAGGGUUGAUGGCUAUACAUGUCACUUGUUGCGUACAUGAUGCAUCUCAGUGAAGGCGCACUUGUGCCUUGUAACCGCCCAGACACUGAUGCAUGGCCACUGAGAAAAGAGGAGAUGGAUCUGAGGGACUGCGGCAGAAAUAGGAGGAAUGGUGGCGGCUGGAUGUAAUCAAAGAGAGGGUAAGCUCGCGUAUCCGGAAUCACAGCAUCGCAUUGUCAGUUGUCACAGGAUCGCAUCGUCAGUUGUCAGUUCAGUCCGAAGCGGGCUUCACGUUAUCUCUUUCGCUGUUCAAGUUCUUCCUGGUGAUGGUGUGCAGUCAUCUGAAUCGAAUCGUAGGUCGACAGCUGAACAUGUCCUUGUCGAUGAUGUGUGGCUCUGGCAUGAGCUGCUGUUCUCCUGAGGGCUGGCAUGGCCAGAUGUUUGUAGGCAGAGGAGUGUUUAGUGGAGAGACUGAUGAUCUAGAGGCCAAUCAAAGGCUGUUGGAUUUUGGGGUUUCUUAGAAACCUGUAGUAGGGCCGAUGUUUGCAGAACGGAUACUUCAAACUCCCCUCUGCGGCUGCCGAGUGGUGGUGUUGUGUCCGAUGUACAGUGAUGUUUCGAACUAAGUAGUGUUUUGCGGACGGUGAUGCGGCGUUCAGCACGAAUGGCAGAGGGCAUGCUAACACUUCGCUGAAUGUGUACUUGUCAGCGAUCGAGCCCAUAUAUUCGGUCGUGAAGUUUCGGUCUGCGUAUUCUUCAUGACAACGUGCUGGUCUACGCUGUUCAUUAAGUAGAGAACGAGAUUGCUCUCAAUUUCUGACUACUAGGAGAUGCUGCCCUGGCAGUAUCGAAUUCGGUGUGCCAUCGGAAAAU